UGAAAGGUUACAGUAUCCGCAAUUUAGCGAGGCUUGCGCGCGCUUGGUGGAAGCGUUCUUGACGAGUGUUCUUCCAAGAUUUAUAAACUAGAAUCUUAAACCAAAAACGCCAUGGAUGACGAACAAGAGACCUAUAAGUUGUGGAGGAUCCGCAAGACGAUCAUGCAGCUCUGUCACGACCGCGGCUACCUGGUGACGCAAGACGAGCUGGACCAGAGACUGGAGCAGUUCAAGGACCAGUUCGGAGACAAGCCCAGCGAGGGGAAACCGGCGCGGAAGGACCUGGUGGUCCUGGUGGCGCACAACGACGACCCGACCGACCAGAUGUUCGUGUUCUUCGCGGACGAGCCGAAGAUCGGCAUCAAGACGAUCAAGAUGUACUGCCAGCGGAUGCAGGAGGAGAACAUCUCCAGGGCCAUCAUCGUGGUACAGAUGGGCAUGACGCCUUCCGCUAAACAGGCCCUAGUAGACAUGGCCCCCAAGUACAUCCUGGAACAGUUUCUGGAGUCGGAACUCCUCAUCAACAUCACAGAACACCAGCUGGUGCCGGAACACGUGGUCAUGACGCCCGAGGAGAAGGCGGAACUCUUGGCGCGGUACAGACUGAAGGAACACCAGCUGCCGCGCAUCCAGGCGGGCGAUCCCGUGGCGCGGUAUUUCGGACUGAAGCGCGGGCAGGUGGUGAAGAUUAUACGUCCCAGCGAGACGGCGGGGAGAUAUAUCUCCUAUAGACUGUGCCUGUGAAGUCUGUGUGCCACUUUGCAUCUUGUCAUUUUAUAGUCAGGACUCUGGAGAUAUUACUAAAUGCUAAUCGUAGUGAUAGUGUGUAGUAAUUAAGAGGUGAUAUUUGUGAUACAUUGCAUUGUAUGUAUAGCUAAGCCUAACAUACAUUUUGGUGUCAAUUUUUUUUCUUAUGGCAGUGUCAGUCAUGCUCAUCUAGAUGUUUUUUGGCGAUGCCUCCGGGGUGAGCCUAAUAGUAUAAUUUGUAGUCAGUCUGCAGAAGUUCUAGCUACUUUACAAAUAUGUCUGCUACUUUCCACAAAUUCGAACAUCUGUCUGUGUCCCUGGAAGUAUGUUGUUCCCAACAUGCAGGACUAAGGGGCAUCUGUUUAUCCAAAAAGUAAGGGAGACUGCUUUGUUAGGUGUUAACCCAAAAAACAAUAUCAGACACAACAACAUUUGGUUAGCAGUACACUUUUGCUCUUCAAACAAAAGAAUCAUUUCAGUUUGGCAACAUGUAUAUAGAAGAAAAAACUGCAAUACUAUGUAAAAAUUUUUGUCUUACAUAAAACAACACGUACAAUAACAUUCAAAUGUUGCCAUGGCAAUAGUUUGUAUUGCCUCUCAUAUUGUUAUUACUGGACAAGGCAGCUGUAUGAUCAUAUUCAGAUUGUACACCGAAAAAAUGAAAAAAAAACACUUAAUUUCCCUUUGACUGUUAGUAGUCUGUUACCCAUUUCUACAACAGUGUUCAAUAGUAUCUGACAAGGAGUCCACAAUUCUGUACAAUACAUUACAUACUUGUUCAUAUCGACAACAUUACUUAAAGAAGUCUUCUCUUUACAAACAAAACAUGUCUAUGGCUAUACCCAAGGCCUUUUUUUUAGAGGAAAUUACCUUUAUUUGUACUUGUAUACGACAAAACUACAAGAUCAUCACCCAUCAGAUUGCAAGGUAGUGAUUACCAUAAUCUUACACCAGGCAUAA